CGCCAACCUAAUUUCAGCCUCACCACCACCAAAACUCACAAACAAUGCUUCUUUCAACGUCGUAAUGACCAGUUAACUCGCCAUUCCAUCCCCCUGUCUCACCAACAUCUCACACUCAUGAGGCUCUUCCUCCGCCCAAUAGUCUCAUCGCUCACAAAACACACCUUCACCAACCCUCCCCGCUCAUCCAGACUCAUAACCACAAUGUCCUCCUCCCCAUCACCAACACAACCCCCCUCAUCACGAACUUACACCGACGCAAUCAACCUCCUAAACACACUCAUCCCAAACCUCAAAAUCCACGCCCUCUUCAACAAACCAAAAGAUGCCGCUCCCACUCCCACCUCAUCCUCCUCCUCCUCAGCCUCAAAACCAGACCCGGCAGCAACAGACCCAAACCUCCUCGCCAUCCCCGAAAUGCGCGCCUGGCUCCUCCGCGCAAACCUCACCCCUCAACGCCUCUCCUCCCUCUCCUUCAUCCACAUCGCAGGCACAAAAGGAAAAGGCUCCGUAACAGCCCUCACGACCUCAGCCCUCCUCCACCACUCAUCUUUCUCUGCACAAUUCGGCCCCAUAGGAACCUACACCUCCCCGCACCUCCUCUCCCCCCGCGAACGCAUCGCCAUCUCAGGCCACCCCAUCUCCCAAUCCCUCUUCGCGACAUCCUUCUUCGAGCUCUGGGACACCCUCUCCGCCUGCACCACCUCCAGCCCCGGCGGCGCCGCCAGCACAACCGGCCCCGACCUCGGCAUCCAACCCGGCGCCAAACCCUUCUACUUCCGCUUCCUCACCCUCCUCGCCCUCCACAUCUUUCUCAAACACUCGGUCCGCACCGUGGUCCUAGAAUGCGGCAUCGGUGGGGAAUACGACGCCACAAACGCCAUCCCCGGGGAUGCGGUAACAACCUCUGUGAUUACGCAGUUGGGCAUAGACCACGUCGCCAUGUUGGGAUCUACAGCUUCGCAGAUUGCGUGGCAUAAAGCAGGUGUAAUGAAACCCGGCACCGCAACCUUCACCCGUAAACUCUCAGAGGAAGGACACCCAGGUGUAAUGGCCACACUCCGCUCCCGCGCGCGAGAGAUAGGCGCAGAGCUGAUGGAAGUAUCCGACGAGGAUGUCGAACGCUGGACAGGUGUCCCGGGGGCAAAGUUACCCGGUGGAGACUUUCAAAAGAGGAACCAGGCUCUCGCUGCGCUUGCUGCGAGGCGACAUAUCCAGGUCCUCCAAGCUCGAGAGGCGGGGUCAAAGACGGUAGAAAUCAAUGCUUCGCUGGCUGAUGUACCGGAAGUCAUCAUCGCUGGCCUGCGCGAGGCGACGCUCCGUGGUAGACAUGAAGUUUUACAGCAGGGCAAGGUAUCGUGGUAUCUUGACGGCGCGCAUAAUGCGGAUAGUCUGGCGGAGGUGGCGCGUUGGAUAUCGCCCAUCAUCACCUCUACAGACCUCUCAGACGCAGGCCAGGAUAGCUUCGUCCUGGUCUUCAACCAACAAGAGCGCGACGCCUCCGCUCUCCUGAGAGAUAUGCUCCGCCAGAUGGAGACGCUAGGCGUAGGCCUCGAAUCGAGACUGGCCGCUGCAAUCUUCACUAGGAACGACAAGACCAAUAUCGCAGGCGAGGGAGGGGACGUGGAUUUGACUGUUCAGGAGACGUGUGCCGCGGCGUUUAGGGAGGCGUAUCCUGCCACCAAAGUCAUGGUGUGUAGGGACCUGACGGAGAUGAAGAGCGCCGUCGACGGCGUCGUGGAGCAGUCUUCGGGGACAAAGGUGCUGGUUACGGGGAGCAUGUAUCUCGUUGGAAACGUCAUCGGCUUGUUGGAGCCGGAAGGUCUAUUGUGACCACUUAUACCUACUAGGUAAGAAUAGAAAAAAAGAAUCUAGAGUUGAAUCCGUGAGGACUUAUCUGUCCGCCCCCUGUAUAAGACCGUUGUUAAACCUCAUUCUACCCCGUAUAUCCCAUAGGACCAGACCCCAUAAGCUCAGGGUCAAACGCAAACGCAAUAUAAAUACUCCGUACCCUCCAUAAACAUCUACAACGCAUCUGCGCCCUCCAAGAUCCCCAGCGCGCCGCCAACAAGAUGUAAGCUCCCCGUGACAAGAGCCUGCACGCUUUCGCCUUCGGGCAGACCCUCACCGACGCUCCGGACAUGGUUCAACGCUUCUUCGAUAGUCGGUAUCACGCGCACGUCGGCGUGGGGAUCCAGCUUGGACCAGCGCUCUGCAAACUGCCUCUGCACCGUCAUGGCCUCGAUGGCUUUGGCGUCGUACUGGUGGUUGACGAAGU